UUGCGCCCUCGCCGACUCGAUAAUGUCUGUCGCCAAUGCGUCCGGAAGACCUUUGGCGCGGGGGCCGGCAGUAGCAGCCGCAACACCAUCAGCUCUCUGCCAUUGAUCACGAGUCGGGCCGCCUCGACGACGGCCGCAAAGGCAGCACCCGCAGUGCGUCUCAGCGCGAGCUACUUCCUCUCCAACAGCGUCCUCGACCGCACGAAUGCCCGGCCCCGACCCCUCGGCAGCAGGAGCUCCUCCGCCUCCGUGGCGCCCUCGUCUUCGUCUUCCUCCUCCUCCUCGCCCUCCUCCUCCACCGCGCGCUCCGAGUCGACGACACCAAUUGACGUAAACCAAGACCUGCCGCACCGUCGCCGCCAAGCCGCAAGACGCAAAGCCGCCGCCGAAGCAGCCGCCGCCGCCGCCGCCGCAUCCUCCUCCUCCUCCUCCUCCCCCGACGUCCUCCCUUCUCAGGAUGCCUCCUCCGCCCUCACCAGCGUCGCCGCCCAACAACCCGCCCACUCGGCCCGCCGCAUCUUCUCCACCCUCCUCUCCCUCUCGAAACCCCGGCUGUCCGCCCUCGUCGUCCUCACCGCGAUGGCCCCUUACGCCCUAUACCCCGUCACCGACUUCCUCUCCCCCGCCAUCACCGAGUCCCCCUCCCUGAGCCCGCUGACGCUCCUCUUCCUCACCACCGGCACGGCCCUCUGCUCCGCCUCGGCAAACUCUCUGAAUAUGCUCUACGAGCCCAAGACCGACGCAAAGAUGUCGCGCACGCGGAACCGGCCCCUCGUCAGGAACCUGCUCUCCACGCGCGCCGCCGUCCUCUUCGCCGUCACCACCGCCGUCACGGGCGUAGGCGCCUUGUACUUCGGCGUCAACCCGACCGUCGCCUUCCUCGGCGGCGCAAACAUCUUCAUCUACGCGGGCAUGUACACCCCCAUGAAGGCAUUCAGCGCCGCAAACACCUGGCUAGGCGCCGUCGUAGGCGGCAUCCCCCCGCUCAUGGGCUGGGCCGCCGCCGCGGGCGAGACGGCCUCGGGCGACGGGUCCUGGCGGGAACUGCUCUUCGCCAGCGACGGCAGCUCCAUCGGCGGCUGGCUCAUGGCGAGCUUGCUGUUCGCGUGGCAGUUCCCCCACUUUAUGGCGCUCUCGUGGUCCAUCCGGGAAGAGUAUAAAGCCGCCGGCCUGCGGAUGCUGGCGUGGACGAACCCUGCGCGCAACGCGCGCGUCGCGCUGCGGUAUAGCAUCGCCUUCAUCCCCAUCUGCGUCGGGCUCUGCGCCGCGGGCGUGACGGAGUGGAGUUUUGCCGUGACGAGUUUGCCCGUCAACGCGUGGCUUACGCGCGAGGCGGUGCGGUUUUGGAAGUACGAGGGACACAAGGGGUCGGCGCGGGGUUUGUUCUGGGCGAGCGUGUGGCAUUUGCCUGUUGUCAUGGUGCUUGCGCUGCUGCAGAAGAAGGGCAUGUGGAGCCGGGUGUGGAAUAGCGUUGUUGGCGUGGACGAUGAUGAUGAGUGGGAGGAUGACGAUGAGCUGGAUGAGAUG